CGACAACGGUGAACGUGUUGACGUUUGGUACGCAAUCUAGCCGAAACAUUGAAUCUGACAGUCCCGGCUGACCAGAGGCGAAGGCAGAUCCGGCCGUAGACAGUAGUAGCGUCGUGAAAAGCACAUCAUUUCAGCCACCAUUACUCAUUCCCACGCUACCUGACGUGCGACGCAGUCGAGUCGUCCAUUCGAUGCCUUAUCAGAGCAAGCAUCACCACGAACGCCACUGGGGUCCAUUUUUCGAGGAACCGGUCAACGUGACUUCCGGAGCGGCCUUGCCCGUUGGAUAUCAUUUAUCAACGGAGGCCAUCCUCAACUGUAGGGUAGGAAUGCUGAAAGAUAAAACGGUGAUGUGGAUCCGCCGGACCACCGAUAAGGUGUCAUUACUCACCGUCGGCAAUAAUACGUACAGCGGGGACCCGAGGAUAAAGGUGAAGUUUCAAUAUCCCAAUAAUUGGAGGCUACAUAUCAACCCGAUCAAAUCGGACGACGCCGGACUGUACAUGUGCCAGGUGUCGACACAUCCUCCUCGGGUUUUCGCAACGAAUCUGACGGUGCUGGAACCCGCCGUCCGGAUAGUGGACGAAAUGGGCUACGAGUUCUACGAUCGUUACUAUAAACUGGGCAGCACGAUAGAAAUAUCUUGCCAAGUGUCGACGUCGUAUUUGGCGACUUUGCCCCCGGUCUCCGCGUCAGCGUCUCAACGAUCGAAGUCAUCUGUGGUGGCAUCCAACACCCUCGGCCAUAUAUUUCCCCCAGGAGGAAGCAACGAACGAGUAAUGCAUGGACCACCGAAGAAUCUGAAAGACGAUAACAAGCUGACCGAUGCUACGGAGAAAGGGUUGAUUAGCUGGACCAAGGAUGGCGCCGAACUGCCGAAGGAUGUCAAGAUGAGUUUUAGCGGAACCAAGCAGUGGCUCAUAAGCCGCAUAUCGAUCCUGCAGGCGAACCGUGUUCACAAUGGCGUCUACAACUGCACCGUCGCUGGCAAGCAGAGUACGUCGGCCCAGGUGCAGGUUCUGAACGGUGAGACGCCGGCCGCAGUGCAGCAUAACUCUGGGCAUCGACGGGAGGAAGCGUUCGUCCUGGUUGGCAUCAAUACGAUAAUGGCGCUAUUGUCGUGGUGUAUACUACUGAAUCUCGGCUGGUUUCAAUUGAAACGAUUGCAAAUUCGAUGAGAAAUUGUUCACAUUCUUUCUAAAGCCGUUAAAAUACAGCAAAAUCGAACGAACUGAG